CUAGCAUGAACGGCGAUUCGAAACAACUAAACGCAACAUCCGACACUCACCACCUACGCCACCGGUAUUGCCAAAAUCGUCCCCUGUAUCGCCGCUCGCGUCAGCUAACAGCCGUGCGUGUUUACUCCGUAGCGAACGAAUCGCGCCAUUUACUUGUGUUCGGUGUUCCCCAAAUUAAUCUGCUUCGUGAGCUACGCCAAGAGUUGGUCCGGUUCGGUGCGCUCGAAUCGAUCUCCAAUAUCACCGACGGUUGGCAACGGGACCAUGAUGGUUCGGACGAACUAAUGCUGGAACCGUUCACGGAUGUGUUUCAUGUGUGUUUUGCAAAGCUCGAGAAAGCCCGGCAAGCAAAGAAACUGCUUGAUGCACGUAAUUUUUACGGUGGAAUACUGCACAUUUCUUACGCACCGGAAAGGGAAAGUGUGCAGGAGGUAAGGGCCAAACUGAACCAGCGACGGGCCGAGGUACGGUAUCGAACGAAACUCGACGCACAGCACCAUCGUCAACGACGGAAACCGGCGAUCCGUCCUGGUGUGGGUGUGAACAAGGGAAUAGAAGCGAACCAGCCCACAACCACCACGAAGACUAAUAAGAAAGGAUGA